UUUGUGGAUGUAUCAUUACUUUGAAAAAUGCAUGUAAAGAUUAGUGAGCUCUUGUUAUAUAAAUAUCAUGUUUUGCAUAACCAUAUAACAUACAAGAAGACACACAAACCAUGGCAAUCACGCUUGACAGAUUAGUUUCCCUUGUUUUACUUGUCCAGUUUGUUCUGUUAUGCUCCUCAUACAACGUAACAUCCGAGUCCACUGAAGAAGCAAAUGCUCUUCUCAAAUGGAAAUCCAGCCUUGAAAAUAAUACACAGCCUCAACUAUCUUCAUGGACCCUCCUUCCUUGAAAUGCUACCAACCCGAAACCAGCACAUCUCCCUGCACUUGGUUUGGUAUUUCUUGCAAUCCUGUUGGAAGUGUCAUCAGGAUAAACCUCACUAGUUCAGGCUUACAAGGUAUGCUCCACGAAUUUCCAUUUUCAUCAUUACCCAAUCUUGCAUAUAUUGAUCUCUUUGACAAUGUACUCUUUGGUACUAUUCCACCUCAAAUUAGUAACCUUUCCAAGCUCAUAUAUCUUGAUUUGUCCUAUAAUAAGUUGUCAGGGUCAGUCCCACCAGAAAUUGGUCACGUAACAAAGCUUGAGUUCUUGCACCUUGUUAAUAAUCAAUUCAACGGUUCAAUUCCUCAAGAAUUAGGUAAGCUUAAGUCUCUUACAAUGCUUGCAUUGUAUAUCAACGCUCUAGAAGGCCCCAUUCCUGCUUCUUUGGGUAAUUUGAGCAAUCUGGCUAUUUUGUAUCUUUUUGACAAUCAAAUUUCUGGUUCUAUUCCUCCUGAACUGGGAAAUCUCUCCAAUUUGGCUGUACUCCAAAUGGAUAUAAACCGUCUAAUAGGUCCCAUCCCAUCAACUUUUGGAAACUUAGUCAAGCUAACUGAGUUGUACAUGUCCGAAAACCAACUUUCUAGUCCCAUUCCUCCAGAAUUAGGAAACUUGAGGUUCUUGUUAAAGUUAAGACUUGGCAUAAACAAUCUUUUUGGUUCAAUCCCAACAUCAUUUGGUGAUCUAAGAAAUCUCUCCCUUCUUGAACUUUAUGAUAAUCGGCUUUCUGGUAGUAUCCCAAAAGAGAUAGGAAACUUAAAGUCUCUUGUUAAUCUAGAGUUGAGUGAGAAUCUAUUAACUGGUUCUGUUCCUGCUUCAAUUGGUAAUUUGAGCAAAUUAGAGACUCUAUUCCUUCGUGACAACCAGUUUUCUGGCACUAUUCCUCAAGAGAUUGAAAAUCUCUUUUUGGAUGUGUUGGAAUUGGACACAAACAACUUCACUGGUUUUCUACCCCAGAAUAUUUGUCGAGGUGGAGUACUUCAAAAUUUUACUGUAAGUAACAACCACCUCAUAGGCUCAAUCUCCAAAGGCUUGAGAAACUGCACAUCCUUACUUAGAGUCCGUUUUGAUGGAAACCAAUUCACUGGAAAUAUAUUUGAAGAUUUUGGUGUUUAUCCACACUUGAAUUUCAUUGACCUAAGCAAGAAUAGCUUCUAUGGUGAAAUUUCACAUAACUGGGGAAGGUGUCAGAAACUAACAACUUUACUUCUAGCGUGGAACAAUGUUACUGGUAGCAUACCACCUGAGAUUGGAAAUUCAACUCAAUUACAUGUACUUGAUCUAUCUAUGAAUCAUUUAGUUGGCGAGAUUCCAAAGGAACUUGGAAAGUUGACUUUUUUGGUGAAACUUAUGCUGAAUGGAAAUGAACUUUCCAGUGGUAUACCGCAAGAACUUGGGUCAUUGACAGACCUUGAGUAUCUUGACAUAUCUUCAAAUAAACAGAGCAAGUCACUUCCUGGAGAUCUAGACGAACUCUUGAGACUGAUCUACUUGAAUUUGAGCUGCAACAAGUUUAGCCAAGAAAUUCCAUUUCAGUUGGGGAAAUUAGUUCAUUUGUCCCAACUAGAUUUGAGUCAUAACUCAUUAAGUGGAGAGAUACCAUGGCAAAUCAGCACCUUGGAGAGUUUGGAGAAGCUUAAUCUCUCUCACAAUAAUCUUUCUGGUUCCAUACCAACAUCAUUUGCAAGAAUGCGUGGCUUGUUGUACAUUGACAUCUCUUAUCAUGAAUUGCAGGGUCCUAUUCCUGAUAGCAAAGCAUUUAAAGAUGCUCCAUUUGAGGCAUUAGAAGGGAACAAAGGCUUGUGUGGUGAUGUUAGAGGACUACAGUCAUGCAAACUCUCCUCCGCUCAUAUCUCAAAAGGAUCCCACAAAGUCGUAAUUUAUAUCAUUUACCCUCUUUUAGGAGCACUUUCACUUCUGCUUGCUUUCUUUGGAAUUUCCUUGAUUUUGAAAAGAAGAAAAAAUGAGUGGCAAACAAAACAAAGAGAUUUGAACAACAAAGAAUUGCUUAUGAUAUCAACCUUUGAUGGAAAAAUAUUGUAUGAAGAAAUCAUAAAAGCAACUAAUGCUUUUGAUGCCAUACAUUGUAUUGGGGAAGGAGGAAAUGGAAGCGUUUACAAAGCAAAGCUUCCAUCAGGUGAUGUUGUAGCUGUGAAGAAGCUUCACUCAUCACCACCUGAUGGUGUGACGACUUAUCCCAAGGAGUUUUUGAAUGAGAUUAGGGCAUUGACAGAGAUAAGACAUCGAAACAUUGUGAAACUUUAUGGUUUUUGUUCACAUCCACGACACUCAUUUCUAAUUUACAAGGACCUUGAAAAGCGUAGCUUAGCUGAAAUCUUGAGCAAAGAAGAAGAAGCCAAAGGAUUGGAUUGGAGUAAGAGGUUGAAUAUCAUUAAAAGAGUGUCUCAUGCCUUGUGUUACAUGCACCAUGACAUCUCCCUGCCAAUUAUUCAUCGAGACAUAUCAAGCAAUAACAUUUUGCUUGAUGGUGAAUAUGAGGCUCAUAUUUCAGACUUUGGCACUGCGAAGCUUCUAAAGCCAGAUUCAUCUAAUUGGACUGCCCUUGCAGGAACAUACGGAUAUAUAGCACCAGAGCUUGCUUACACAAUGGAGAUGACUGAGAAAUGUGAUGUGUACAGCUUUGGAGUGUUAACACUAGAAGUGAUCAAAGGAGAGCAUCCGGGUGAUUUCAUUUCUCGUCUAUUGUCUCCAUCAGCUAUGGAAGAAGUAGAGCUGAAAGAUGUAUUGGACCAGCGCCUUCCACCUCCCUCGAGUCAUUUGGAGGAUGAAUUGAUAAACAUCCUAAAGUUUGCAAGUGAUUUCUCAGAGAUUAUAAACCCAGAGUGCCUCCUAUAAGGCAUUGAACCUUCAGUCACGCUAGGAUUAGUAAAUAACAUGUAAAGGCCCAAAAUGCUGAGCCCUACACAGUUGCCCUUACUAAAUAAGUAAAUACAUGCUUUCUAGAUCA